UCCUUAGGCUUGCUCCCCAUUAAUUCCCGUGUGGAUUUCAGUGUUCUCUCUCUCUCUCUCUCUCUCAAUGUUUAUUUUCUCUCUCUUCAUUUUUUUGAACUUGUUAUCCUACGCGCCCAAAUCCCCUUCUCUCUCUCUCUCUCUAAAGUCUAAGCUAUCACGUUAUAAAGGACUUCUCUCUAAAUAUCCCGUUAUAAGACCCUUCACUCUCUCUCUAACUCUACUCUUCUCGGAUCCCGAGUUUCUUGAGAGAAAUUAUAAUGCGGACGACGCCGUAUUUCUUCGGAUUCCGACCACUAUUGCCUAAUAUUGGCAAUUUUUCACCGAAAAUUUGGGAUUAAGGCCCAAGAAAGAGUGGCUCAAACGAAAUUUUGCUGUAUUCAGACCGUAUUUCAUACAGAUCUGCAUUUUUUCGAGCUUUUCAGCUCAAUUUAAGGUGCCAAUUCUCGUCUAAAGCUCCUGAUUUUUUCAAAUUAUACGUAUAAUAUACGGUAUAAUGGAAAAUUCACUGGGGAUUACAGUUGAAAAAGAGGUUCUUUUUCGAGUUUGGGUCUGUAUAUUGAUGGAGAAUUUGUAGCUAUCUCUGCACAGUGAACAUCAGGAAAAAGUUGGGUUUGAGUAUUUGAGCAUGGAUGACCUUUGAAUGCUUUGUCAAUUGAUCAGAGAAAAAGGGGUUUGAGAGAUUGGGGCCAAGCAAAAAGUGUUACUUUUUUACCCUGCCUGACUGGAUUAAAGGAGGGGAGAGAGUUUCAGAGGAGGUGGGUGAUUUGAGAUGGAGGCCAUGAAGAAGCUCCAUGAAGUUCCAAAGCAGAGAGAUAGACACAUUGUUACUUGGACUCCUCAGGAGGAUGAUUUAUUGCGUGAACAGAUCAGGAUUAAUGGAACAGAGAGCUGGACUGCUAUUGCCUCCAAGUUCAAGGACAAAACAAGUAGACAAUGUAGAAGAAGAUGGUACACUUACUUAAACUCUGAUUUCAAGAAAGGGGGGUGGUCGGCCGAAGAGGACAAGCUCUUAUGUGAGGCACAAAAGAUAUUUGGAAACAGGUGGACUGAAAUUGCCAAGGUGGUAUCAGGCAGGACGGAUAAUGCAGUGAAAAACAGGUUCACUACUCUCUGCAAGAAAAAAGCAAAACGAGAGGCCCAAUCGAAGGAAAACACCAGCAACUGCUUAAAUGAAAACAACAAAAGAAUUAUCCUCCCAAAUGAUACAUCACCCUUUAAGAGGAUCAGGACCCAUAUAUCAGGAUUCGAAGAAAUAAGGACAAGAAGCGUCAUGGAUAUAGUGAAAACUAACAUUCAUGAUGUAAAUACUAGAAAGAAAGGGAGGUCUCGCGGAGAUUUGGGUUCGAUAAGUCAGCAAGUCAGAUCUCCUCUUGCAGCUCUGGUACCCAACUACAACAGCAUAGUAGACCUAUCAACUGAGUGUCUCAACAAUGAUGAAUCCAAAUUAGCAACAAAAGAUGGAUCGGGUGAUAAAAAGGUCCAAGAAACAUUCCUUGCUAAGAAUGACCCAAGGAUCACUGCUUUGUUGCAGCAAGCAGAACUGCUAAGCUCUCUUGCCCUGAAAGUUAACACACAAGGAUCCAAUCAAAGUUUUGAGAAUGCAUGGAAGGAACUCCAGGAGUUCUUAGCUCAGAGUGGAGAUUCAGAUAUUUUGAGACACAAAGUUGCCGGUCUUGAUCCACUAUUUGAAGACUUCAAAAACUUGAUUACAGAUUUGAAAAGCAGUCAAACAGGGAGCCCUUUUCCAUUGAGGCAAUCUGAAUUGUAUGAGGACCUAUCAGCAAAUUCUGGAGACAGUGCCAUCUCAAAUCCCCAGUCUAAUGCAGAAAUAACCAAAAUAGAUCAAAGACAAACAGAAGAAUGCGUAGCCUUUAACAAGGAAGAAAACACAGAUGAUUGCAUUGGGGAGAAAAAUGAAGAAGAGAUUCAAGGAAUUGAAGAUGGUUAUUCUACAGAGGGGCUAUUAUCAUCUUGCAUCCAGCCAAAUGAAGAUGGAAAGUUCUCGUGUUUCUCAGUGAAUGUGGAGUUCUCAUCUCCUCUUCGAAUGAUCCCAUUUUUUCGGUCAUUCGCUGAUGGUAUUCCGAGUCCACAGUUUUCAGACAGUGAGAGGCAAUUCCUAUUAAGUACAUUCGGUCUGGCGACCCCAUCGCCAAUCCAGAAAACUACCUCCAUUCCGACCUCUUCUAACAAGACAUCCCCACCAUCUUGCAGGAGGGCACUUACUCAUGCCCUUUGAUUUCAGCCUCCUUUAUCCCUCUUCAAAAACACACAGGGGGUCUACUCACCAUUCUUUCUUAUCUUAUGAAUGUGUGUUCUUUUAUCGUCUUUUUGUGAUAAAUGGUCAGGUCUUUAUCAGUUUUAUAUGUACAGAAACUGAAGAAUUACAUAAUGUGUCCGUGAGUGUAAGUAUAGUCGGCACUGAGAGAAAAAGAGAGAAGUAGUCAGAAAGAAAAACAGAGAAAAAAACAAAAAAAAGGAAAGAAGAAAAGAGUAAGAUUAGGAUUGACCAGUUGAAGUGGAUUGGUGGAUUGGUAUUUGUUUUUUUGGUGUGCAGGGCAAAUAAGCCUUUUGAGUGUGUAUACAUGUCUGCUUUCUGCAGGCACAGAAGAGAAGAAGGGUUUUCUUCUUAUUUAUUUUUGGUUAUCAUGUGUAGCUCCCACAGAAGAAGAAAAAGGUUUUCUUCUUCUUAUUUUUUGGUUAUCAUGUGUAGCUCCCCCUAUGUUCAGGAUUGGAAAGAAAUGAAAUUGGUUGGUUUUGCGUGCAAACUGCUUGCUCUCUCUCUCUCUCUCUCUCUCUCUCUCUCUCUUUAAGCAGGAGAGUUAAGGCUGAUUCUAUGCUUUUACUGUGCUUUUUCCAGUCUCCCUCUCUCUAUAUUAGAAAUGCAUUUGGUACGUGCUGCCUGAAUUCUACUGUUUCCUAUUGAAAAAUUGACAUGCUUUUACAGGACAGUACAGAAAGAAUUUCAUGAACACAUCAAAAAUGAGAAACACAGCAAUAGGGGAAAGAUG